GUCACGAGGCCCACAAGGCCGUAACAUAAGGAACGGGAAAAUUGAAACCCGCAUCACAACGGUCGAAUUUCGCGUGAUCAGAAGGAAUCCAAACGCUCCGCUGUUUGCACACAUUCUCACAGAGAAAGAGAAAGAGAAAGGAGAGAGAGAGAGAUGGGGAAACGGAAGGGGAGAGAGCAGAAGAAAGUUGGAAGAUGUGAGGGAAAAGAAGUGAAUUUGAGUGAACAAGUUGAAGCAGGAGCAGGAGCAGAAAGCAGAUUCUUCGCCUGCUAUUUGCUAACGUCUAUGUGCCCCAGGUUCAAGGGCCACACUUACAUCGGAUUUACAGUGAAUCCUCGCCGUAGAAUACGACAACACAAUGGAGAAGUGAGGAUGGGUGCUUUCAGGACAAAGAAGAAGCGUCCUUGGGAGAUGGUUUUAUGCAUUUAUGGCUUCUCCACAAACGUAUCUGCCCUCCAGUUUGAGUGGGCGUGGCAGCAUCCAGUAGAAUCCCGUGCAGUUAGACAGGCAGCAGCAUCGUUCAAAUCUCUUGGAGGAGUUGCUAACAAGAUUAAAUUGGCAUAUACAAUGCUUACUCUCCCUGAGUGGCAAAGCCUAAAUCUCACCGUAAAUUUCUUCUCCACAAAAUACAAGAUGCAUUCAGCCGGUUGCCCUAAUAUUCCAGAGCACAUGAGAGUCCAAGUUUGUGCGCUGGACGAACUUCCCUGUUAUACAGGAAUUGACAAGAAUGAGUAUAUAACCAAUGAUUGGGAAAACAGUGACGAUUAUGUGGGGAGCAGUGAAAAGUUAACAGACGGAGGAUCUGCAGGAUCCACAACUUCUGAUAGUUCUGCUAGUAGCGCUGCAGAAAAUAUCGAUGAACAUCUUGAUUGGAGAGAAGAACUUUACGAACAUGCUGAAGAAUAUAGCACAACCCAUAGAGAGGAUCCCGAGCAGACAUAUAUUAUCAUUGACUCGCCGGUGAAUGCACCAUCCUCAAUUCAAAGUGGUUGCUAUGGUAUAACAGACAACAUAAGGGACAAAUUCGAAUUGAACGAAGAAUUUGGUGGUAAACUUUGUCAGCAGAGCAUGAAUGCUGGUUUGUCUAGUGGAGUUGAGGUUAUUGAUGUUUUUACUCCUCCAUGCUACAAGGCAACAACAAUACUUUGAGCAAAGAAAACGGCAAGAGCAGCAGAAAAAAGAUGCAAGAGAGAGCUUCUUUGAGGAGAAAAUCCGAUGUAAUCAGCAAGAAAAGAGUAGUCGUUCACUGGAUAUUCGGAGUUUACUAAACUUAUCUACAGGUUCUGGGGAACAUAAGUCAAAUGUCCACUCAGGUACAUUGACCUCAAUUUUUCAUCUCUCCAAAAACUUUAAGCAUAUAAUAAAUCCUUAUGUGUGUUUUAGGGUGAUUGGCAAUAGCAUUUGAUGCUUGUUCAUGUUUCUUCUUACGAGUUAGCUCAGAGAUAUUAUGUAAGCGAUUGUCCCUUUUGGGGCAUCCGAUAAACUUGGAAUGGUACAGAGAUAUUACGUGAGAUAUCUUACUUCUCAAAGAAGUUUGUAUCUCAAUCUGUUCAGCCUUUGGAGUUAAAAUCCCUUAAAUUAUUGAAAAUCAAAAUGAAUGAUGUGCAUUUUCACUUUCUUCAAAACUCAAAGUAAACUUCUGAACUAGUUGCAAAAGUAUGCAGCUUCAUUAGCAUUUAAUGUCUUUGAGCAAUUAAUUUUAUCAGGUACUGUUAGAAUUCUUCUUUCAUGAGUGUCUUUACUACCAUUCAUAAGUCUUUCAGUGAUAUCAAACAACCUAAUAUACAUGUUUUAUCAAUUAGAGAUUUCAAUAUGGGUUUGACUCAAAAUUUGAUUGUGCAAUGUGAACAUGUUAAAUUGCAUUUUGUCUAUUUUCCUUAUGUGAUGAGUCGUACCUCUUCCCUUCAACUGCACAGCAAUUCAUAAUCCCCCUUCUGUGGCCUAAUUUUCUUUUGCAUCACUAUGUAAGCAAGGCAUAGUUAUGAGGGAAAUGCCUUUACUCCACACAAUCAGAUGCAAUGUGAACAUGUUAAAUUGCAUUUUGUCUAUUUUCCUUAUGUGAUGAGUCAUACCUCUUCCCUUCAACUGCACAGCGAUUCAUAAUCCCCCUUUUGUGGCCUAAUUUUCUUUUGCAUCACUAUGUAAGCAAGGCAUAGUUAUGAGGGAAAUGCCUUUACUCCACACAAUCAGAUGCUACAGCGUUCUUCGGUGAUUCAAACCAAUGAAGUCAUCUCUGUUGGCUCUCUUCAACAUAAAGAAGGUAGUAUACUACUAUACUUGCAUUCUGGCAAAAGCUAGUUUGCUGAGGAGUAUAAUUGUUUAUUCUUGUCAUUCGGACGUAUUGUGAUCCAUUGUCCUAAUAGGAACUUCACCAAGCUCCCAAGAUUAUGCUACCUGCCCAAAGAAUACAUCAGUUGGAGCACCUGGAUGUCAUGCGAAAGCUUUGUACAACACUGAUGACA